CGUCAGGGUACAUGUUUCUGACGUCAGGGUACUCCCUUCCUGACGUCAUAACGCUGACCCAGCAAGUGGAUAUCCCGUAUUCACUUCCUGAAUGUAUCGAUGGCAGGUGGAGAAGGCGACAAGCAAGAUCUGGAGAAAAUAAGCAAACAGAUGAGGAGAAUAUCGUUUAAUCUAGCCAGAAUGGACGACCGGGCCCUCUCUCCCAGUCCCCGACGGCCCGUUCGGCCGCUUUUCGACUCACCGAGAGAAUCCAGAAAGCAGGCAAUCAUCGCCGGACAAGGAUUGGUGCCCGGCCUCAUGCGGAGGUCGCCGACGCCUCAGAAAGUGAGCAGCACGGGCAGCAGUGCGGGAUCGUCUGGAUCGAAUAGCCCGGAUGUUGGUCCGGACGGACCUUUGACGGUGCUCAAGCAUAGCGACCCGAAGAUGGAGAAAAUUAUUGAAUCGACUGGUGUUUUGAGAAUUGGAGGAAAUACAUACUCUUUCUCGACCUGUGACCUCGAGCUUCUGAAGCGAAUUGGACACGGAACGUCCGGCGAAGUGUCAAAAAUGAUACACAACAAGAGCAACACACUGAUGGCUGUCAAGACGAUGCAUUGGAGUCAGGACAGAGAGGAGCAAAAGAGGGUGCUCAUGGAUCUGUAUGUGAUGACGACGCACGUGUGUCCGUAUAUUGUCGAAUGUUACGGAUGCCUUUUGAGCAACGAUGACGUUUGGAUUUGUAUGGAGCUAAUGGCUACAUGCAUGGAAAAGCUCGUAAAGCAAAUAAAGCAGCCAAUACCAGAAGACAUUCUUGGCAAAAUCAGCGUCUCUGUAAUCAAGGCUCUUAACUACCUCAAAGAAGAGCACAAUGUGAUGCAUCGAGAUAUCAAACCUUCCAAUAUUCUACUUGACCCCAAAGGCAACAUAAAACUUUGUGAUUUCGGGAUCAGCGGCCGUCUGGUUGACUCAAAGGCAAAAACUCGUGAAGCAGGAUCUGUUGCUUAUAUGGCUCCUGAGCGAAUUACACCUGAAACGAUCGUCAGUGGGUAUGAUGUGAGGGCUGACAUCUGGAGUGUUGGGAUGACUUUGAUUGAAUUAGCCACCGGAAAGUUUCCUUAUGCUGAUUGUAAGAAAGUGUUUGAGGUUUUGACUAAGAUUUUGCAAGAACCAUCGCCACAGUUACCAAAAGAGGGACGAUUUUCUAUGGACUUUAGAUCAUUUACAAGUCAAUGUCUGAUGAAGGACAGAGACAAGCGACCUCAUUACAAACAACUUCUCGGACAUUCGUUCAUUGUACGAUACACCUCAAAACAUGUCGAUGUCGAGCAAUGGUAUAGAAACAUUGUAGCAGUUACGGAGAGCCAAUCAAGCUGAUGCCUAAUAAUAGUUAAUUAAAAAUUUGUGAGACACACGUGUUGCUUAUAAUUUCAGGUUUAGUAUUGACUCGAUUGAUUAUUGGUAGAGCAUUUUCUUGUGCAACUGCGAAGAGCAACUGAGCAGACUUUGUAGAUUGUUUCUGUAGAUGAUGGAGAGGGUGGACGGUUUUACAGUUUUAUAGAUUUGUACAGUGUCACGUGAUCCAUUGCCAUGGUAGCAGUUCUGAUGCA